AUAUACAUAUACAUAUACAUAUACAUACAUAUAUAUGGCUGUCAGUACACUAUGUUCCUCCACAAUUUGCUCUAUCAAUCCCACCAUUGAUACUUCAACAAGUUACACUUUAUCCUUUAAAAAGUACUCUAAAUCCCGUCAAGUUUCAAAAUUUAUGAAUUCCCCAUGUGGGUCAAUGCUACAAUGGAAGAAACAUAGGAGAAAAUUUGUGGGGUUUUGUGGGUUUCUGAUAAAAAGUUCAUUAAAUGCUGAAAAUGUUAUCCAAAACGGGUCUGCUGAGGAUAUUACUGGGGUUCUUAAGUCAAUAUCUGACCCUGGUCAAGCUUUGGCCUUUUUUGAGUCAGUUGCUAAACUUCCUAAUCUUGUUCAUAAUACUGAAUCUUGUAAUUAUAUGCUUGAAUUGUUGAGGGUGAAUAGGCGAAUAAGUGAUAUGGUUGUCGUGUUUGAUGUUAUGCAAAGGCAGAUAAUUUAUAGGAAUUUGGAUACCUAUUUGAUUAUAUUUAAAGGGCUUGGUGUUAAGGGUGGGAUUAGACAAGCACCGUUGGCGCUUAGUUUGAUGAGGAAGUCGGGAUUUGUUUUGAAUGCGUAUUCGUAUAAUGGGCUGAUUGAUUUGGUAUUGAAAUCGGGGUUUUGUAGAGAGGCGUUAGAGGUUUAUAAGAGAAUGUUGUUAGAAGGGAUUAAACCCAGCCUUAAGACUUACUCUGCACUUAUGGUGGCAUUAGGAAAACGCAGGGAUACUAGAAAUGUUAUGGGGUUGUUGAAAGAUAUGGAAGAGUUAGGGCUCAAACCAAAUGUGUACACUUUUACUAUUUGUAUUAGGGUCCUUGGUAGGGCGGGGAAGAUUGAUGAAGCUUUUGAAGUUUUUAAGAGAAUGGAAGGUGAGGGUUGUGGGCCGGAUGUUGUAACUUAUACGGUUUUGAUUGAUGCACUUUGUAAUGCAGGAAAACUUGAAAGGGCUAAACAAAUGUUUGUGAAAAUGAAAUCUAGUAGUCAUAAACCCGACCGUGUAACUUACAUUACUUUGAUGGAUAAGUUUGGUGAUUGUGGUGAUUUAGAUUCGGUUCAAUCAUUUUGGUUGGAAAUGGAGGCAGAUGGUUAUGUCGCAGAUGUUGUCACUUACACUAUUUAUAUUGAUGCACUAUGCAAAGCUGGAAAAAUUGACGAGGCAUUCACUACGUUAAACUCCAUGAAUAAUAAAGAUAUUUCACCAAAUCUUCAAACUUAUAAUACCUUAAUUCGAGGGCUUUUGAGGGUUGAUAGAUUAGAUAAGGCAUUAGAGUUGUUUGCUAGCCUUGGUUCUUCGGGUAUUGAACCUACUGCAUACACCUACAUACUUUUUAUAGACUACUAUGGAAAAUUAGGGGAUGCCGAUAAAGCCUUAGAGACCUUUGAGAAGAUGAAGGUUCGCGGAGUUGUACCUAACCUUGUUGCAUGCAAUGCAUCAUUGUACAGUCUUGCAGAACUCGGGAGAAUAGGGGAAGCUAAAAAGAUGUUUUAUGAGCUUAAAAGGAGUGGAAUUGCUCCAGAUUCGAUUACUUAUAAUAUGAUGAUAAAGUGUUUUGGUAAAGCGGGGAAAAUCGAUGAAGCAACGAAGUUACUUUAUGAGAUGGUGGAAACUGGUUGUGAACCGGAUGUGAUUGUAAUCAACUCUUUGAUCGAUACACUUUAUAAAGCUGAUCGAGUGGAUGAAGCUUGGGAUAUGUUUAAGAAAAUGAAGGAAAUGAAUCUUUCGCCGACAGUUGUGACUUAUAACACAUUGUUGGCUGGAUUGAGAAAAGAAGGUCGGGUUCAAGAAGCGAUUAAGUUAUUUGAAAGCAUGAGUUCGUGUGGGUCUCCUCCAAAUACGAUUACUUUCAAUACCCUUCUUGAUUGUAUUUGUAAAAAUGAUUCGGUUGAUUUGGCUUUAAAGUUUUUAAAUGAAAUGACUUAUAAGAACUGCCGGCCUGAUGUUUUUACUUACAACACAAUCAUUUUUGGUUUAACAAAGGAGAAUCGGGUUCUUGAUGCAUUCUGGUUCUUCCACCAAAUGAAGAAAACACUCGAUCCUGAUUGUGUAACUUUAUGUACAAUUCUCCCGAGCAUUGUGAAGCAUGGAAAGGUUGAUGAUGCUUUGAAAAUCACCGAGGAUUUUAUUAACCGUGUUAGAAACAGACCUGAGAAGAUUUUUUGGAAAGAUUUGAUGGAAGGAAUCAUGAGUGAAGCUUCAAUUGAUAAUUCUUUUCGUUUUGUGGAAGGAUUAAUAUCUAGUGGAACUUGCAUUACUGAUUCGGUGAUGAUUCCCGUAGUCAAGAGUUUAUGUAAGCAGAAGAAAAUUCUGGAAGCCCAUUCAGUUUUCUUAAAGGUGUCUAAAGAUUAUGGCAUUCAACCAACCCUGGAAGCAUAUUAUCCAAUUCUUGAUGGUUUUCUUGAUGGUGGUUUUCAAAAGGAGGCAUGGGAUUUGUUUAAAGAAAUGAAGAAUUCUGGGUGUGUUCCGGAUGUUUUCACUUAUAAUUUGCUUUUAAGUGAUCUUGCUAAUUCCGGAAAAGUCAACGAGCUAUUUGACUUGUAUGACGAGAUGCUUUGCAGGGGCUGUAAGCCUAACACAAUUACACAAAAUAUUCUUCUUAGUGGUCUUGUAAAGUCUAAUAGUUUAAAAAAGGCAAUGGAUUUAUAUUAUGAUCUUAUUAGUGGUGGUUUCUCUCCUACUCCAUGUACUUGUGGUCCUCUAAUUGAUGGUCUUCUGAAGAAUGGACAAUUAGAUGAAGCAAAAAACUUCUUUGAUGAAAUGGUGGAGUAUGGAUGCAAACCGAAUUGUGCUAUUUAUAACAUCUUGAUGAAUGGCUAUGGAAAAACAGGUGAUGUGAAAACUGCCUGUGAGUUAUUUGAUCAGAUGGUAAAAGAAGGAAUAAGACCCGAUUUGAAAUCAUACACCAUUCUUGUUGACUGUUUAUGCUUAGUUGGAAGAGUCGAUGAUGCAAUGUACUAUUUUGAGCAAAUGAAGGAAACGGGUCUUGACCCUGAUGUAAUUGCAUACAAUCUCAUGAUUAACGGCCUUGGAACUGUAAGGCGAAUAGAGGAUGCUUUGGGGCUUUUUGAUGAGAUGCGGGCUCGAGGGAUUUCUCCAAAUUUGUAUACUUAUAAUGUUUUGAUACUCAUUCUUGGGAUUGUUGGAAGAAUAGAGGAAGCAGGUAGGAUGUAUACAGAAUUACAAGUUAUGGGCUUGGAGCCGAAUGUGUUUACAUACAAUGCUCUAAUUAGAGGGUAUAGCCUCUCUGGGAAUCCUGCCCAUGCUUAUGCUGUUUAUGAGAAAAUGAUGGUCGGAGGUUGCAGCCCAAACACAGGGACAUUUGCGCAGCUUCCUAAUCAAUCUUGACGUCAGAUGCUUCUUACUUGCAAAAGACCUGGUUUAUGUUGUUAAAAGCGGGCAGGAGCAAACCAGCCAAGCUGCAUACAUGCUGUACGAAAAGGAGAGUGGAAAAGGGUAACAGGAAAUUUGCUACCAAGAAGAAGAAAUGAAUGAAAACUUUGGAAUGAUAAUACGAAUCAAUAUAUAUUAAGAGAAAAAGAUACAAUAUACCAUGUACAAAGUAGUAGGGUAGCUAUUUAUAUCAUAUGGCUUCUUAUCCAUCUAAUGGCGGAGUGAUAUCUUGAUCCGGAUUUAAUGACUUCGGUUUGUAUCAAGCUGUGCGUGUUAGCUAUCAAAUGCUACUUUAAUGACUAGAUAAUGUUGUUAGUUAUCAUACAAGCUUUGAACAAUUGGAUUGUUGUCACUGGAAUUUUGUCUAUAUAUUAAACUAUUCUAAGAUCA